AUGAGUCGCUUUUUGACCAUCUUGGUCAUCAUAUCCCAUUUUACCCUACAAUUAUCUGCAAGGUCGACAUCGUUUACCAGCUUUUUAAGCGGGACCUCAAGCACCACCUCUUCAACCAUUAAAGUGAAUGGGAUUGCAAUCAAUUAUAAAACCCCACGCCCAGGAACAUGUGAAACCGUGUUUGAGGACCAAAAACAAUAUACUGGCUAUGUGAGCCUCCCUCCAUCCACGAUAGGAUCAAUUCAGCAAAAUUAUUCCAUCAACACAUUCUUUUGGCUGGUGGAAUCCAGGUUCGGCCCCGAAAAUGCACCACUUACGGUAUACCUGAAUGGGGGGCCUGGUAGCACAAGCCUAGUAGGCCUAUUCCAGGAGACAGGGCCAUGCGAAGUUAUUGAAAUUGCAAAAGACAGACUUGGGACACGUGCAAGAGAAUGGGGCUGGGACAGGGGCAGUAACAUGCUUUAUAUCGACCAGCCUGUUCAGUCAGGUUUCUCCUUUGACUGGUUACAGGAGGGAUCCCUGAAUCUACUUAAUUCGUCAUAUACCUUUCCUCCUUCUGAACCACCAGCGAACCAGCCUAGAAAUACCUGGCUAAAAGGUAUCACCUCCUCAAAUGACGUCCAGGUUACUACAAACACUACUUCGACGGCUGCAAAGGCAAUUUGGCACGUUCUACAAGCUAUCCUAGCAGAACUUCCGCAGCAUUCUUCGCGGCCCCCUAGCUUUGCCAACGGAAACGAGCCUAGGUCGAUUCCAAUUAAUUUAUUUGCAGAGAGCUAUGGUGGUAAAUACGCCCCUAGUUUUGUUACUUAUUUCGAGAAGCAGAACGCAGAGAUAAAAGAGGGGAGAUUAUCUGCCCUGGAGACACUCGAGCUAAACGUUCGAUCCAUUGGUAUUAUGCAAGGUUGCAUUGACGAUUUGGUUCAAAAUCCCUAUUACCCAAUAUUUGCAUUUAACAAUAGUUACGGAAUCAGCGCCACUACGCAUAAGGAAAAGGACGCAUUUCUGGAGAAUUUCUCUAAACAAGGCGGCUGUCGAGAUAAAAUCAUUGAUUGCCGUGGAGAGAUCAAAUAUUCGGACCCAGAAAAUACUGGUAGCGUGGAAAUUGUGAAUAUAAAAUGCCUGGCUGCGCUUUCCGCGUGUUUGGCAGAGACCCCCAAUUUAUUCUCAAAGAUAGGACGCAGCAGCCAUGAUAUCUCACAGAGCAGCCUGGACCCGUUUCCGCCGCAUACAUAUCUUGAAUAUCUCAAUCUGGAGCAAGUACAGAAGUCCAUCGGUAUCUCAAUGAACAUCACAGACUAUAGCUCAACAGUUUCUACUGCCUUUCUCAACACAGCGGACUAUGAUCGAGGGAAUUAUAUCUCAGAUUUAGCUAGAUUAUUGGAUCGAGGAAUACGCGUUGCUCUUAUAUACGGGGAUAGAGAUUACCUAUGUAACUGGAUGGGCGGCCAGGCAGCUGCCUUCUCGAUCGCAGCCUCGUCUUCUUCUUCGUCUCCGUACCUUAGUGGUUUCAACGCCGCUGGUUAUGCGCCCCUCAUUAUCAACGAUACAUACGUGGGCGGCAUGGUUCGACAGUUUGGCAAUCUAUCGUUCUCCCGAAUAUACGAUGCUGGCCACUUGAUACCCGCCUACCAACCGGAGACCCUCUUUACACUUUUUUCGCGAGUCAUUCAGGGGCCAGUUGAUCUAUCCACUGGUCAAAAGGUAGAUAUAUCUACGUUUGGCACUAAAGGUGAUGCAAACACAACAGCGACCAAUUCUGCUCCGCCAAUGGCUAAACCGACGUGUUACCUUCGCAAAGUGAAGGAUACAUGCUCACCAGCACAGAUUGAGAAAUUGACGCGCGGGGAGGGGAUUAUUAUUAAUGGAGUCUGGUACGAGUCCGAAUCUGAUUGGAACGAACCAUCUACCACUGCAACCGGGAGAAGUGGGAAACAGGAUGCUUCUAGGACUGGGAGAGAUGGAACCUUUGUUCAUGCUUUUGUUGCUACUAGCACUCCUUUGAUGGUUGGCCAACGUUCAGUGAAUAACUCUAGAAACAAGAAAACAUCCAGCGCCAUGAGACUAGUGGUCUCGAGCUGGAUGCAUAGUUGA